UUCUAGAUUCUGAAAUUUAAAUCAUAGUGUUUUAUUCCAUAACUAGUUCAUUGCUUUUGCUUUAUUUCAAUCCAAAGUUUCUAAUUAAACCCUUUGUUUGUGGGAAUUUAAAGUGUUAAACACAACAAACAAGAACACACAAACCCUUUUCUUCUUCUUCUUCUUCUUCUUCCAUUUCUACAUCAUCUUUUGUUCGAAUCUUUAACAAAGAUUCAUGCGUAUUUCACUUCGAUACGCUUGUUUAAUCUGUCACAAGAAAAGCAGAAGGAAACAUGGGCCCGAUCGAUCCACAGACGAGAUCAAAACGAACCCAAAGCUGCAGGAAAUUAAGCUCAAAACCGCUCUUCAACAAGCAUCCGAAUACGGGUCACUUGCUAAACCACAAAAUAUGGAUGUUUCAGACACCAUUGACAUGGAAGACAAUGGUAGUGUACAAAGAUCAAGAUCACUAGCAAGACUAGAAGCUCAAAAGGAGUUUCUUAAAGCAACUUCUUUAGCUGCAGAUACAACGUUCGAAACUGAGGACUCGAUCGAUGAUCUUGAUCAAGCGUUUAGUAAGUUUCUAACCAUGUAUCCGAAAUACAAAUCGUCCGAAAAGAUUGACCAGUUGAGAGUUGAUGAGUAUGCUCACUUGGCUGACAAUGAUUCCAAGGUUUGUCUAGAUUAUUGUGGAUUCGGUUUGUUUUCAUUUUUUCAAGUCGUUCAUUACUGCGAAUCAUGUUCGUUUAGUUUAUCCGAGAUAAAUACGAAUUUGAGCAAUUACGCGCUCUAUGGCGGCAUGGAACAAGGUACCGCGGAACACGAUAUAAAAACUAGGAUCAUGGAUUACUUAAACAUCCCGGAAAACGAAUAUGGUAUCGUGUUAACUGCUAGUCGCGGUUCAGCUUUCAAACUUCUAGCUGAAUCGUACCCGUUUAACGUUAGCAAAACCCUUCUUACCAUGUUUGAUCACGAGAGCCAGUCGGUAAACUGGAUGGCUCAGAGAGCUAAACAGAAAGGCGCUAAGGUCCAUACCGCGUGGUUCAAAUGGCCGACGCUGAAACCGUGUUCGACCCAUUUAAGGAAACAAAUCCUACACAAGAAAAGAAGGAAGAAAGAUUCAUCGAAAGGUCUUUUCGUGUUUCCGGUUCAGUCGAGGGUUACCGGAGCUAAGUAUUCGUAUCAAUGGAUGUCAUUCGCGCAACAGAACAAUUGGCAUGUAUUGCUUGAUGCGGGUGCAUUGGGCCCGUUAGACAUGGAUUCACUCGGGUUAUCUCUGUUUCGACCCGAUUUCAUCAUCACGUCGUUUUACAGAGUUUUCGGGUUUGACCCGACUGGAUUCGGAUGCCUUCUCAUCAAAAAAUCCGUGAUUAAACUCCUACGGACCCAACCCGGUCAUACUAGUUCCGGUAUAGUGAAGAUCAACCCAUUGUUUCCGUCGAAUUUAAGCGAUUCAAUGGGCCAAUUCCCUCAAUUUUUCGUGAGCCGAAAUGUCGAAGCAACCGGAAAGGAUGAAGUAACACCGGAAACCGAUACACGAAACCAGUUACCGGUUUUUUCCGGUGUACUCACUCCUUCUCUAAUGAAGGAUGUAUACGAAACCGAUAUGGAAUAUGGUGGUAGCCCUGAUCAUGAAGAAACCGGAAUCUUCUCUGUGAUGAAAAGUCCGAUUUUAAACGAAGAUCAAUCGCCUCCUGACUCGAUGUGGAUCGAUUUAGGGAACAGUCCAUUAGGAUCUCAAUCGGUAAACUUCAAAUCGCCUUUACCACCACCCGUUUGGUUUACUCGCAAGAAAAACAACGAAGAAUUCGAUCCAAAGCCUCAUGAAAGCUACAAUGUAACAAAAACUCAAGAACACAGUCCGGAAAUACAAGAAGAAUCUGUAACCGAAAGCUCUGCUAUACGAAGAGAAACAGAAGGUGACUAUAGGUUACUUGGAAGAAGGGCUGCGUUCAAUUUCGACGUGGAAGAUGAUAAUAUCAGCGACGAAGAGUCGGAUAGAAGGGAACCCGAGAUAACAUGCAGACAUCUGGAUCAUGUUAACAUGUUGGGGCUUAGUAAAACCACAAUCAGGCUUCGGUUCUUGAUCAACUGGCUUGUGACUUCAUUGCUUCAGUUGAGACUUCCUGGUUCGAAUUCGGAAGACGUGGUUCCACUGGUUCAUAUUUACGGACCGAAAAUCAAGUACGAAAGGGGUGCAUCCGUGGCGUUUAACAUCAGAGACGGGAUCAUGGGGUUGAUCAGUCCGGAAAUCGUUCAAAAGAUGGCUGAAGCUAGUGGGAUUUCUGUUGGUAUUGCUAUUCUUAGUCAUGUAAAGAUUAUACAGAGCACGAAGCAGAGUCGCGCAGCUAUGGAUGCUGCGGAUACAACGGUUUGCAGACCGAUGGACAACAAGAACCGUGAUCUAGAAGGGUUCGUGACAGCCGAAGUCGUCACUGCUUCACUUGGGUUUUUGACAAACUUCGAGGAUGUUUAUAGAUUAUGGGUUUUUGUUGCCAAAUUCCUCGAUCCAUCUUUCGUUCGACAGUAUGGUUUCGGAUGAGUAGAUGAGUAAUAAUAUGUAUUUGAUUUAUGUUUCUUUAAAACAAAGGAUACCGGUUAAUAGAGAAUGGGGGAAGUAGGAGUGCAAACAAGCGAAUCGCAAGCUGCUCGAGCUCGACUCGAGAAAAAGCUCAAAACGAUGCGAGC